AUGUCGACGCUCAUUCUCAUGGGCUUAAUGCCCAGAGAUAAUGAGCACUCAUUGGUCGCGCGAUUGACCAACUUCGCGGAGCUUGAUAUCGACCCUCUCCCAGUAUCUCACCGACGAGGGUUAAUAGCGAUUUCCGUCAUGGCUCUUUUUUCCCUCAUCGCAACUGCGGUGCUUCUUGGAUUCAUCACCUAUCGACUAUUCUUCUGGCGUGGCAGCUAUUCACGAUACAUUGGUUACAACCAGUACAUCAUCUUGAUCUAUAACCUAGUCCUGGCAGAUUUCCUACAGUCGCUUGCAUUCAUUCUUUGUCUAAGAUGGAUUUUGACAGAUGAAAUUACAUCCGGCAGCGCCGCAUGCUUCCUCCAAGGACUGUGGCUGCAACUUGGAGAUCCCAGCAGUGGUCUGUUCGUGUUGGCCAUUGCCUUCCACACAUUCCUUUUGGUUGUCUGGGGGCAUAAAAUGAGCUACAAAGUGUUCGUCUGCUUUGUUGUCGGUAUCUGGGGCGUUGUGGUUUUGAUGGUGAUCAUUCCAUUGGCAAUCCACGGCAGCAACGUCUUCGUGCCAGCAGGGGCCUGGUGCUGGAUCAGCCAGGAAUACGAAGCGACUCGUCUCUGGACUCACUACAUUUGGAUUUUCAUCGCCGAAUUCGGGACAGUGCUUCUUUACGCCAUCAUGUACCUUCAGCUUCGCCGACAUAUUGCAGCCUCUGCCAUCCUCGGCAGUCCCCAGCUGCAAAGUCUUCAGCGUCUCCGACGCGUUGUCGGAUACAUGACCAUAUACCCAAUCGUCUACGUCACUCUAUCGCUCCCUCUUGCAGCAGGUCGUAUGGCCUCGGCCAAUCGUGAUGAACCCAGUAUUACAUUCUUCUGCUGUGCCGGAGCUAUCAUCACUAGCUCCGGGUUGGUUGAUGUCAUCCUUUAUACCCUCACCCGCCGCAACCUGAUCAUCGACUCGGAGCCGAGUCAGGACAACUCUUACAACAAAUUCACCAGCAGCAGAGGGAGGCGAGCAGACAAUAUAACCACCAUCACUGCAGAUCCACACAAGCGCAAAAUUGGUGGUUCUUUCAAUGAUGAUCUCGACCGCCACGGCUCGACCGAACAAAUUGUGUCCCCCACCGCACGAGGGCAACAACCCCAUGACCAUGAACUGGCCCCGAUCGGAAAAGUGUACCAACAUACUACCAUUGAGAUUACGAGUGAGCCUGCUUACCCCGAUGAGGAGUCCAGCGGGCGUUCCAGCAAAGAGAAUUUCCCAGAACGGCCGGCUCCUGUAGCAUGGAGAUGA